GGGCUGGCGUCGGUCAGCAUGCACGACCCGGCGCAGGCGGCGGAGGAGAUGCGGAGGUGCUUCGGGCCGGACGGCGCGCACAAGGGCAAGGGGUUCGUGGGCGUCAUGCUCAACGACUUCCAGAGCGCCGGCGCCGACGGCAACACGAUGUUGUUCUUCGACCAGCCCGAGUACGACCCCUUCUGGGCCGCCGCCGAGGAGCUCGAGGCCCCCGUCUACUUGCACCCGCGCCAGGCGACCCCCCAGAUACGCGACCUGAUGUGGAAGGGCCGGCCCUGGCUCGAGUUCUCGGCCCUGGGGUACGCCCAUCGCGUGGGAAUGCACGUCCUCGGCAUCGUGACUGCGGGGGUCCUGGACCGUUUCCCAGGGCUGAAGAUCGUCAUCGGCCACAUGGGCGAGCAUAUCCCAUACGACCUCUACCGGAUCGAUCACAAGCUCAACCGAGCCCGCUUCCCCAACAUGCCCAUGGCCAAGGACAAGCUCGUGCGCGACUACUUCGGCUCGCAGCUCUUCAUCACGACGUCGGGCCACUUCUCCACACCGGCGCUGCUAUGCGCCAUACAGGAGAUCGGGGUCAAGUCGGUCAUGUUCUCGAUCGACUACCCGUUCGAGAGCAUCCCCAACGGGUGCACGUGGUUCGACGAAUACGUCCCCAUAAAUGGCCGCGAUCUCGUGGACAUUGGAAGGAACAAUGCGCUGGACGUGUUCAAGAGGCUUGGAGGUGACUUCCACGGACUGAAGAAGAAGGGGGAGAGGGAGUGCGCCGUUGGCGGGUUGGGACUGAGAAAGGGGAAUGAGGGCGAGGUUGAAUACGGCUUGUAUAACAGGGCCUGGGAUAAGAGGUUGACGAGGCAAUGAGGAGCGGUGGAUGGCAACACAUAGUAUCUCGAAACUCAAAAGUAGAACCUAGUAAUAGU